UUAAUAAUAUCUUUACCCAAUUUUAGUAUUUUUUCUAUAAAAGCGAAUCCAUUAGCUGUACAAUGUCGGGUAGCCUUGACUUUAACGACGGUCGCUCCAAAAAGGGAUAUUAUUUUAGCAAAGCUGCAGUCGCCGGUUCAGUGGUUGUUGUUAUUUUGAUGUUGCUGACUGUGGGACUCCUGGUCGGGCUCGUUGGCCGGCCCACUUGUGCAAGUGAUGCUGCAGCCCCUACCACAACUACGUCAUCACCACCUAAGCCAACAACGACACCCCCUAAUGACGUCACGACCACUACUAGAAACAAUGACGUCACAACACCUAAUGUCGAUGCGACAACCGCUCCAACGUCGAACGACCCUUGGAUGAACUCACGGUUGCCAAACACUUUACUCCCUAUACAUUACAACGUGAAGAUACGACCCGUACUUGAUAUUGAUGUGGCUUCUUCAACUUAUUUGUUUUACGGGAGUUCAACAGUGCAAUACUUAUGUAAUGUAUCAACAGAUUACAUUAUCAUGCACUCACAUGCUGAGUUGAUAUACGACAACGAGAUUAAAAUAUUCGAAGACAAGACGAGUAGCGAGGUAACGGUGGAAUCCAACACGCCCUACCGUCCCAACCAAUACAUUGUAAUCAAAACCUCAUCUCCGUGCGUGGUUGGUGAUACAUACACAAUGGUAGCGGAUAGUUUCCAUGGCGAACUUGGGGACGAUCUAACCGGGAUAUACCGAAGUGAAUACGACAACGAAUUCGGAGAACAUAGAGUUAUCGCUAUCUCUCAAAUGGAGACCACUGGAGCCAGACAUACAUUUCCCUGCUUUGACGAACCAGGGUUCAAAGCAACGUUCAAUAUCACGCUCUACCAUAACAAACCUGGUUUUUAUUCCAUCGCAAACAUGCCGCCUAUAGGUUCAUGGACGGAAACCAUCGAUUCAGAUGUUUGGACCGCCACCAAGUUCGACACAACCCCCAUAAUGUCAACUUAUUUACUUGCAUUGGUUGUAUGUGACUUCUUGUAUGAACAUGGGGUAACUGCAACAGGGGUGCAGACACGAAUCUAUUCUCGCCCUGAAACGAUCAAAAAUGACGAAGGAAAAUUUCCAUCAGAAAUAUCACCCGGCGUGCUUGAUGUAUUAGCUACCCACUUCAAUGUGACUUACCCAUUACCUAAGUCUGACCAGAUGGCAGUGAGUGACUUUGGAGCAGGUGCAAUGGAAAACUGGGGGUUGGUUCUGUACAGGGAAACUCUUUUACUGUUUGAUGCAAAUAUUUCAUCUGUUCACGACAAAUAUUCGAUUGCUCAAGUGAUUGGUCACGAACUCGCCCAUCAGUGGUUUGGCAACUUAGUAACAGCAGCUUGGUGGAAUGAGAUUUGGUUGAAUGAAGGUUUUGCGUCGUAUGUUCAAUACAUAGCAGUGGAGGGCGUCAAACCAGAAUAUAAACCUUUUGAGAUCUUUAUAAUAGAUGACCUCCAAGGAGGGUUAUACGCUGAUUCGUAUUCAUCGUCCCAUCCAUUAGUUCAUCCCGAAGGAUAUUUCUCAACCAUCACUUAUUCAAAGGGAGCUUCAUUUCUUAGGAUGGUUCAAGGUUUUCUCGGAGAAAAAACUUUUACCAACGCACUCACAAAUUACUUGAAUGACCUGGCUUACUCCUCUGCUACCCAUGAUGUUCUGUUUCAACACUGGAUCGAUCAAGCAGCUAAAGAUGGUCUAACCUUUCCCUACCCCCUGCAAGAUGUGUUUGAAACAUGGACUUUGCAAAUGGGAUACCCAUUGAUCACAGUGGAACGCAUUGAUGCGUCGACUAUUAAACUAACGCAAGAAUAUUUCUUGGUGGAUCCAAAAGAUUCAGCUGUAGAUACGCCGGGUAGUUUAACAUACAAGUACAAGUGGUACGUGCCAUUCACAUACAGAGGAGAAUCUGAAAUGGGUACAGACAAGAUGGAUACUUUGUGGAUGGAUCUAAGUGGAACAGCAACUUUAAACUCAAACGAGAAUUACAUACUUGGUAACAUUGAGGCUCGAGGCUUCUACAGGAUCAACUAUGAUGAGAACACUUGGAGUAAAUUGUCAACCAAGCUGGCUAGUGCUUCAUUUAAGGACAUCCCUGUUGAAAACAGAGCUCAACUUAUAGACGAUGUAUUUGCUUUGUCAAGAGCCACAAAGAUUGAGGUGAACCUCGCUCUUGAAUUGGCAGCAUAUUUAUCACAAGAAGAUGAAUAUAUUCCAUGGUAUACAUUCAAUGAAGCUAUGCAGUACUUUGACAGUAUGCUGGGAGCAUCCCUGAUAUAUGGAGACUUCUCUCAAUACAUUCUUGACUUGGUCGUCCCAUCUUUGUACAACAAAUUGGGUUGGGACGAUUCAAACACAGACGACAGUGUGUUGAUUGAAAGAAUGACACGAGGGCUGGCGAUUGAUGCUGCUUGUUACUAUGGCAACGAGGAAUGCAUUGCGAACGCGAAACAACUUUUCCAGGAAUGGAUGAAUGACACUUCAACCAUUAUCAGCAGCACAUACAGAACUGAUGUUUACUGCACAGCAAUACGGGAAGGUGGGAUAGCAGAGUGGGAUUUCAUGUGGGGGCAAUACUUGGUAACUCAGAAUGCUCAACUGCAGACAAGCUUAAGGUAUGGAUUGUCAUGCAGCAAAGAUGCGUGGAUUCUUAACCGUUACAUUGAAUAUGCAAUGGAUUCAACACUUGUGAGAAAACAAGAUGUUUCAAACACAUUGUACUACAUAUCCAGCAAAGAACACGGGAAAUAUGUGGCUUGGUCAUUUGCUGCCAACAACUGGGAGAGGCUUCUAAAAAAUGUUGGUUCAGCAGCUACCAGUUUACUGUCUGGUGCAGUGUCUCGAUUCUCAACUGACUUUGAUUUGGAUUUGGUUGAGUCUAUGAAGAAUGUCACCGGCCCUGGGUAUUACAAUACAUUGGAAUCAUACAAAACCAGAGUUCAAGCAAAUAUUGACUGGCGGGCACGCAAUGAAGCUGUGAUUGCAGAUUUCUUGGGUAGCAGUAUCGUGAUACCAACAUCAAACUAUGAAGAUAAACAACGGCAUGCCGUUGUGCCAGAAAUUAACCAAGAACCACACCAAUUCCACAAGCAUAGGCCAGGGCGUUAUUAAGGACUUUACACAGAAGUUUUAAAAUGUUCACAACUUUUAUGUGUUUAAUGCAAAAACGUUAUUUUGGAAUGUAACUUUCAUGCUGGUUUAUAUAAAUCAUUUUACACCAAUUAAAACAAAUUUUCUAAAUAA